UUGGGGGCGGGGCCGCGGCUGCCGUUGGGCCGGACGGGAGGCUGGGAGCGGGAGUUUUGAACACUGGUGCGGGCGGCUAGAGAUGCAGCGCUGCCGGGGACCCUGGGCCACCAGCCCGGAGCAGGAGGAGCCGGAAUGCAGCAUUCAAGAAAAGAUUGACUUUGAAAUCCGCAUGCGAGAGGGAAUCUGUAAACUGCUUGCAGUGAGCACCCAAAAAGACCAAGUGCUGCAUGCAGUUAAAAACCUGAUGGUUUGCAAUGCUCGCAUACUUGCCUACAAGACAGAACUACAGAAACAAAAAGAGGAGCCAGUCUCAUACAGAACAGGAGGAUGGUGUUCAGAUGUUCGGACUAAAGAGCGUGCAGCAUGUAGAGGAAAGGUUGCCAUAUCAGAUAUUCGCAUACCAUUAAUGUGGAAAGGCUCUGAUCACUUCAACAAUAAAGAAAGAUCACAGCGCUAUGCAAUUUUUUGCUUAUUCAAAAUGGGAGCUGAGGUUUUUGAUACAGACAUGGUUAUUGUGGAUAAGGCAAUAACUGAUAUCUGUUUUGAAAAUGUAACCAUAUUUGAUGAAGCGGGGCCAGACUUCCAAGUAAAGUUUGAAGUGUAUAGUUGCUGUACAGACCAAUCUUCAACUAUAACAAACACUCCUAAGAAGCUAGCCAAGAAAUUUAAGACAUCCAUUGGUAAAGCUACUGGAAAGAAAAUCAACUCUUUGCAAGAAGAAGACAACCCUGAAUCCCUUUCAUUCACUGACCCAAUCAUACUUGGUGCAAAAUACAGUUUGCUGGCACAUACUACACUGGGGUUGGAGAGUGCUGAGGACAAUUUCAGGACCCACAACCUUACCGUUACAGGAAAUGAGGAAUCAUUCUGGCUUCCCUUAUAUGGAAACAUGUGUUGUCGUUUAGUUGCUCAGCCAUUCUGCAUGGCCAAGGAUGUGAUGUCAGGAUUUCUUAAUCAGCAGCAAAUGGUAAGAAGCCUGACUAACUGGAGGAGGCUGUACUGUGUACUGAGAGGUGGUAAACUCUUUUGUUAUUAUACAUCUGAAGAAAUUGAAGCUAAAGUGGAGCCAGCUUUGACAGUUACCAUCAACAAGGAAACCAGAAUCCGUGCUGUGGAUAAGGGCACCAAGAAAAGAAUUAAUAAUUUUUCUGUUAUCAACCCUGUGGAUGGAGAGGCUGUCACCCAACUUUUUGCAGCUGACAGCAGGGAAGAACUUCAUAGGUGGAUGGAAGCUUUCUGGCAGCAUUUCUACGAUCUUAGCCAGUGGAAACAUUGUUGUGAAAAAUUUAUGAAAAUUGAGAUUAUGUCACCACGGAAACCACCUUUGUUCUUGACAAAAGAGGCAACCUCAGUCUACCAUGAUAUGAGAACUUUAACUUCAUGCUUAGGCUAUGUCUACGCGAUGAGUGCUACAGUGGCACAGCUGCAGUACGAUAGCACAGACACUUCCUAUAUCAACAGAAGGGGUUUUUCCAUCAUUGUAGGUAAUCCACUUCUCCUGGAGGCAGUACCCUAGGUCAACAGAAGAAUUCAUCCAUCCAUCUAGCCAUGUCUACACCAGGGGGUUAGGUCAACCUAAUUAUGGUGCUCAGGACUUAAGAUUUUUCAUAGCCCUGAGUGACAUAGCAAGGUGUAGACCAGGCCUUAAAAAUUAAUCAAUUCAUCCCAAUCUAGGGUUAAAGAACAACCUGAUACAAUUUUAUGUUAAUGCAAUUUUUAAAAAUUGUGUGAUUGAGACCUUGAGGACACGGGUGCUAGAAAUAGUACACAAGUCCUAUAUACUGUGAACUACAAUUUAGAUGUCAAUGAUGGCACAACCUUUCAUUUUGUAGAAAUUUAGUAAAAGUGUUUCUUUACUGUGAUGCUUGAACCACUGGCUAUGAGAAGAUUAAUAUGGUAGUAAUCUCUUGUACUGUACAGAAUGUCCUAACUAUUCUAUGUGGUUUUUGUAUGUAGGUGGAGCUAAUUUUUGCAAUUGUAUCUUAGAUGUUAGCUUAACAUGUUUACUUGUAUUGUGAUUUAAUUUCAUCUACGCUAAUUGUUUUAAUACUGAAUAGGUAUUUUAUUUUGAUUGAACAUAUUUGGAAUUACUGCUUUAGUAUUCAUUUGAUUUAUAAUCUAAUGUAAGAUGCUUUUAUAGAAAAAUACAGAUUUGAAAAUUAAUGUAUUGUGAAAUGUUGGAGAAGGAUCUGAAUUGUUUGCUGCUAAAAUGUGGAUUGUUUGCAACUAGAACGGUACAUCCAAGAUAAAAACAUGUCUGCAAUAAAAGGAUUCUGUGUUCUAAUUUUCUUUAAACUGGACUAUAUUAUUUAGUUUUAGGAUUAUAAAGAAUGUGGCUCAUGGCUUUUGUAAAAUCGAAGAACUAACUUAUGUUUAACUACCUCUUAGCAGACAGAACAGAAUGUGUAGUCUGAGUGCAUCUGUCUAGGCUAGCACUAACAAUAGUAAGCAUCUUGACCUCAAUCUAGUAAUCAGAAGAGAUGAUAAAAAUAUCCACUUGACUAGCUAAUAUUAAUUGCUAAUACCCUGGUAUAUACAUUAUGUAGAUAUUUAUAAACUGUAUUUGGACAUUAUAACCUGACAUUCAUCUUGUUUGUACAGGCAUGUGCUAGUGCUAUAUUUCCCAUUAUGUCGUACUGCUUUCUUUAUUCUGAGGGUAUCCUGUAAAUAACACUGAGCAAACAAAGAUUUAGAAUAAGUAUGCUUCUGAACCUGGCCUCCGAGACUUGUUUGGUGGCUUUAUUAGUGAAUCACUGUCUUUAUUAAAACUGUUAAAUUGUUUUCUUGGAUGGAAAGUAAAAAAUUAGAGUUCUGUUCACUAAAUGAAACCCUGCUUGGAGCUCUGCUAAUUUAAAGCAAAGGGCACUAUGCAAAUAGGGUGUACUUUUUGUCCAAUUAUAAAAGAAAUGUAAAACUGUUACAAGGAGGUAAAUAUUUUAAAAUUAAAAUGUCUGAGUGAUUUGAA